CACGCUUCCCCCAGUCCUCUUCUGCCUCUAGCCCCGCCCCGCGCCGGUGCGGAGUGGGGUAGAGGCGGGGUAGGGAGCCGGGGUUGUUGCGCUGGCUGAAUGAUUCCGGGCUGCGCCGCCAUGUCGGCGCCGGGCCGGGCUGGGGAGGCGGACCGGACCCUGUUCGUGGGGAACCUGGAGGGCCGCGUGCGGGAGGAGAUUCUCUACGAGCUCUUCCUGCAGAGACCUUGAAUAACCAGGUUAUCUUCGCUAGUCAAAAUGAAGCAGCAGACGGAUACCUGUUACUUUUAGGACAUUUGCAGAUUAGGAAGAAAAGUAUUGCCUUGAAGAGUCAAACAACUCAGGAAAAAAUGGCACGUUUAUAUUUUGGGUGAAAAGAGUGCACAUGAUUUGCAACAGAAUUUUCUUUUCUUUUUAAAACCGAAUAUUUCAAGAUAUUUGAAGAAGCAAGAUCAUCUCUCUGGAGAUCUCCUGCACAGGACAGCUUUUCUUGGUCUUCAUUAUGUAGUGACAAUGAAAAAAAUAGCACGCUCUUUUGGCUUAUUCAGUUUUGCCUUGCUUCACCUAUGGUCUUAGAUACUGUAUAAUGAAAACUACUACUUUUUAAAAAAUGGAGUCAAGAUUUCUGUAAGUGGAACCACUUUUAAUUUGGUUCUGCUACAAAUCUACCUCAAUACUGAAGCAGUACAAAUGGCACAGAGAUGGAUCCCUUCCCAAUGGAGAUAUAUGGACCCAAUGUUUUUUGUAAGCAGUAAUACAGCCUAAUCACCUGGCAGUGUCCACUAAUUUCUGGUUACAUAUUUAUGAUGAAGAAUGGGCAGUGCUUUAUAGAAAACUGAUAGUUUUUCAUGUUAAUUCCAUCACAGAUAGGAACGGAUCCACCUAGUUUACCAUUAGUUUUGUUCGGCUUAAAAAAAAAUCUAAUGAUACUUCUUGUUAUCUGAAUUUUAGUGGCAUAAAUGACAGACUAGAGAGGAGCCGGUCACUUUUGCAGAGUUGGUGUUACUCAUAUUUUGAAUUGUGCUGGAGGCACCCAAAGGCCUUCAUCAGGAUUUGGCUGUCUGUUGCAUAUGCACAGAACAGUCCCUGUCAUGACAAGUUUAUAAUUGAAAAAGGUAAAUAAAUAUGUGAAGUUAUCAAAAAGAUGUUAGGUGCAUAUGUAAAAUGUGCUUUGUUACCAUUUAAAAUGUGCACAGCUAACAUUCACUUGCCAAAAGCCUGGGACUUAAACUGGUUGGGUGACACCAAUAAAGAACAAGUUGCAUUGUUAAAUUGUGUAGAGUCUUAGGCAUGAAACAUUUGUACUCUGUUAAAUCAAGCGAUGAUGAAAUACUCAUCAAUGUGAAAUAAAAAUUCCAAGAUGAAUAAAAAUUGAUUUUCUAUUAAGGAUUUAUGAAAAAAAAUAAUAUAAGUUUCUUGCAGGCUGGACCAUUAACCAAAGUGACCAUUUGUAAGGACAAAGAAGGAAAACCAAAAUCAUUUGGAUUUGUCUGCUUUAAGCACACAGAAUCAGUGCCUUAUGCUAUAGCUUUGCUGAAUGGAAUCCGUUUAUAUGGAAGACCGAUUAAAGUACAGUAUCGAUUUGGGAGUUCCUACUCACCAGAGGUAAACAGCCCUAUCCAAGGCUUUGAGAACUGUGUUGACAUACAUUCACCAACAUAUAGAAAUCAAGAGUCAUAUGGCAGUCCUCCAUUUCCUGUUACCCCUUUUCCAAUGAGCAAUAAUUUACCUCAGGAUUAUUCAGUCUUUCAGAAGAUGAUGAGCCAUUUUUUAGCACAACAGUAUGCUGCGUGCAAUCCAAUGGGGUACCAACAUCCUUACUAUCAGAUGACACCUCCACCAUCCUCAGAGUUGCCCGUUUCACCAUAUCUGCCUCCUGCUGAGGACUUUAAAGCUGGGCAGAGCUCUUUUGAGUGGGUCCCUCCACAAUCAAGUGACUGUGAACUGUACCAAGUUAAUGAAAGCCCACAUAAAAGAAAAAGAGAGCAGCAAACUAGUGAUAGUGAUAGCAGCAUUGAAAAUGACAGAAAAAACCAAAGAGAACAUGACCAAAAAUACAAAAAGUGUAAAGCCAAGAAAAAAAGGCGUUAAUAUUAUGUAACUGGAUUCAUAAUUUUUUAUGGCACUUGAGUUUUUUUUUUUAUUUAAGAGGGAAAGUCUGUGUCUCUCAUCUUUGCACUUUACAAAACACAAGAUUUGCAAAAUUCACAACCUGUUGUUUUCUGAAAGGUAUUAUUAUAUAUAUAAGGUACCUUACAUUGUAGCUAAUCGUGGCUUAUUUGGAGGAAUAAAUCCUUAAAAAAAGAUAUAAGACAUAUUUUAGAAGGUAAGGUUUUCUUAAUAAAGGACAACACAGGGGUUUUUUUUCCCCUGCUAUGUUUUCUCUUACCAGUAAUGAAUAUUGUUUCAGUAAUACAGGAAUCUUUCAGCAACCACAAGUGCAGCAUUUAACUGUAUUACUUUUGAAUGAAGGUAAGGUCUCAGUCCAGAGGUCUUUAGAUGAUUGUCAAAACUGAGUAGAAUUAAAGAUUCAGGAUUUCAUAACCAGUUUUAAUUUGGAAUCAGGGAUAAACAACAAUAAAGAGGAAUUUUCAAAUGUGA